AUGGCGCCAGAAUCCAGGGCUCCGGUGCAAGGGCAGGAUCUCAGGUCCGCAUCUUCUGUGUUGGAGAUGUGCAUUGGCAAAGAUGGCAACUUCACCGUUGUGGUGGAGGAGAAUUUGCCGGACAGUGCAGGCUGCAAGAACAGCGCAGAAGAUGUUGCCAGCACUGCCGAGGGCUCAGAGACAGCGUCAGAGAGCGCGCAGUCUACAGCUUCGGAGGAGAUGCCAUCGACGGGUCAGGAUGGUGACGAGCUGAAGGUGAAGCGCACCGAGAUUAAGGUAUGGGCUUCCCUGCUGUCGCACUGGUCUCCCGUUUUCAAAAGCUGGCUGAGCUCGGACAGCUGCAUGGAAUCUAAGAACGGGCAGGUCGUCAUCCAAGACUUUUCGCCUGAUGCUGUGAAGACUUUCCUGCGCUUCUUGUACUCCGGAACAAUUGAAGGCUCUCCUGCAAUGCUUGUUGAGGUGGCCGCAAUGGCAGACAGGUACCAGGUCAGCAAACUGCACGAGCUGUGCGUCCAGACAGUGACACAGACAAUUCCUGAGGUUGCAUGCGAGGUCUUUGCAGCUGCAGACCACUUCUUUGUGGCGGCUUUGCGUAUGAAAGCGCUGGAGUUUAUCUUCAUUCAUCCCGCAGAGGCUCUGAAGUGCCGCCCAAAGCUAAGCCGGAAGCUGCUUGAAGAGAUCCUGCUCUCGGGUUUGUUGUGCAUGGAAGAUGCAGAGCUUGCCAAGAUGCUACGAGGCUGGGGCAAGGAUGAAAGCGACGGGCUCCAGCCGUUCAUCGACUUUCAGAUUCAGCGUGCAACUGUGCGGAAGCCCGGUGAGCACUCCAAGAACGUGCUGGGAACCCUUUGGUCUCGUUAUAACCAGGAUGGCAGGAAGGGCACCUUUGUGGGCGAGUGGGUGCUGGUGACGCUCGGGCGAGAGCAGGGCUCAGAGGAGCCUGGUGGACCAGCAAAAUGGUUGAUGAACUUCGCGCGCAGCAUGGUUGGAAACAAGAGCCUGGGCCCUGGCUGGAUGAGAUGGGACCUUAUUCACUCCCACGUUCACGUCAUGGGCUUCUCCUUCAUCGCGAAGAUUCCGGGGAGCGUGUCGUUUCAGAUCCUGUGUUCCGAAGACGGAACUGAUUGGCACUCUGCUUAUGUUUCCGAGGGACAAGACAUUCCCACGAACAAGGUCCUUCCUUGCCAGUUUUCGGGCCUGGCAAAGUGCUUCAAGCUGCAGGUUCUGGAUGGCGAGAUCGAUAUCCAGGUCAUUUGCGAACUCCGCAUCCAUGGCAUCUUGCAAGCAGAUUGA